AUGCGUGUGUACAUUGGGCACGUUCUCUUUCCCUCCACGGUGUCAAUUUCACUCUCAUCGCCUGGGCGCGGGGACGGUGAUGAUGUUGGCGAUGCCGCGGCGAGCAGCUUCAAGCGCUUCAAAGGCGAAGGCUGGUCGUCUGCCGUGAAGGAGGCGAAAGAAGUUGCACCCUGCCAAGUCCCCGCCGCGUCCAUUGCGGCAGCCGCGCGGCGGGCGUUGGAGCAGCAAUUGCAGCAGCAGGCGACGAUCAAGGAUAAUCCACACAUUGAUGUCCAUGUGCAUGUGGCGGGCAAAGGUGUUUCUUUCUGCUUUCUACCGGGAAUUCUCACUCAGGCACUCACGGCGCCGGCCUCCACCUGCAUAACGCCUUCAGCAGGGCUAACGGUGAUUGAAAUGGAGACGGCAGCGAAAAUUCCGCGAAUCACCGAGGUCUCACUGUUUUUGCCGCACGGGGAGGUUUGGAAUAGCCUGCCCGUCUACUGGGAGGAGCGGCAGGUAAGUGCGGCCAACACCAGAACGACGGCAGUGGCGACGUCACAAAUGGCGCCGAAUGGUUGCGCCUCCUCUGCCGUGGAUGACGACGCCUCAAAUGGCUUGGAAGCACUGCUGGGGAGGCGUAUACUUGUCGUGGGCGCGGGAGGCAUCGGCUGCGAGUUACUCAAAGUUCUCGUCUUGUACGGUUUUUGCAAUUUGGAUGUCUUUGACCUCGACACAAUCGAUGCCACAAACCUGAACCGCCAAUUUUUGUUCCAAAAGGAGGACGUUGGCGCCUCCAAGGCCGACACCGCACGCAAGGCGUUAUUGAAUUGGUUUACGUCGACCUCGUCAGAGCGGCGGGCGCCGAACAUUCGUGCCCAUCACGCGGAUAUCAAAAGUGAAGCAUACGGUGAGGCCUUCUUUCGACAGUUUGCCCUUGUGUUGAACGCCCUCGAUAACGUCUCGGCGCGUCAGCAUGUGAAUCGCAUGUGUAUGCGCACAGGCGUCCCUCUUAUAGAGAGCGGCACGAUGGGCUACAAUGGUCAAGUUCAGCCCAUUGUACGGGGCCUGUAUGAGUGUUAUGACUGCCACCCAAAGGCGGCAACCCAACAGACGGUGGCAGUUUGCACCAUUCAUGCACGACCCACGACUAUGGUGCAUUGCGUGCAUUACGCAAAGGAGUUGUACGAACGACUCUUUGGUGACGGGACGCGGGAGGAGACGGAUGAGUUUGCCUUCGUUGAUGCCCUUGUCACUCAAGAGGAGGAAGCGCGGGGAGAGACGAACUCCCGUGACGAGGUUGCUGGCAUUUGCGGCACGGCGGCUGCCCUGGCACAAUGUGUAUUUCACGACAAGAUUCAUGAGCUGCUCAGUAUGAAGUCUGCGUGGGCGACACAGCCGCCGGUGCCACUUCCGAAGGAUGACAUUCAGCGACUCGCUGAAGAGGUGACAGUGGCUGCUGCCGGAGGGAAACCAGUCAACUGUUCACGGGAGACCCCGUUGUCCGUAGAGGCGGCGGUGACCCUCUUUCUGGACGCCUUCACGCGUUGCGUGCGACGGGGCACCCGCGGUGCUUUUCGCAAGGAAGACGAUGACACGGUUGAUUUUGUGGCAGCGGUGGCAAACUUGCGUGCCGCUGUCUUUCACAUUUUUCCCCCCCAGUCCGUGGAGGAGAUUCGCAGUAUUGCGGGCGCCAUUGUGCCAGCCAUUGCGACGACGAACGCCAUUGUGGCGGCAGCGGUGGUGAAGCAGGCUCUCUGUGUGCUGGGCAUGAAUGCACAGACAUCUCGCUUUGCGGCACCACAGAUGGUGUACGUGCGACGCGUGCCGCAGCAGCGGCGCCGCCCUUUCCCGGACUUCUGCCCUUGCAAAAUUUCUCUCAGGAACAAUUCAGAUGGUCCAACAAAAAAGGGUGACGAUAAUGUCCAUGGUAAUUCUGCGAGACGGAGGCGGUGGGCAACUGACCUGUUUCUAGUUCACAGUACGCCGCCCAACCCCCCGAGCCGGGCGUGUCUUGUCUGCCGUGAGCGCCACCCCACUGUUCGGGUUGCCUUGGAUGCCACUCGCACAACACUUGGGCGGUUUGUCUGCAGUGUGCUGCGGGAGCGUCUGGCGAUGGCGGCGGCAUCUGUCUACUGCGGUGCGAACGUGUUGUAUGAGGUGGGUGAGUACGAGGCGCUGGCCAUGACGCCGCUCGCGGAGCUGAUGGCGGCGGACGGCAAACCGCUGGAACUCCUCGUCGACGACCUCGACCACGAGGUGGAGUGGCGGCUCCUGGUGAAGCACCGUCCCACACUGCAGGAGUGCGAUGCAGUGGAACUAGAGGGAGUUGACGCGGCACUUCAGCUGGAGCGAGCGCUGGUUGCGGAGUCCAGCACUGCUGCAGAGGAAGCUGGUGACGGUCGACUUCCUCUCUCCAAUGCCACCGGUGCUGUGGAGGAGGAGGAGGAGGAGGACAACGCCGCUUCUCCUUCCGCUAACAAAAUGGCUACAGCAGCGGAGGAUGGGGCGACGGCGAUAUUGGUGCUGUCGGACUCCGACGAGGAGGAUGUCGAUGUUCUGGAGAUUGAUUGA